AUGUCGGGAGAGCAUUCUCUUCGCCCCGCGAACGCUGAAUCGAGAGGAACCAAGAGAGCGAGCGAACACAGAUAUAAUAUAGAUCAAGACUCCAUUGAUCGACGAUUGAAGAGACUUAAAGAUCAAGUCCUUCCACUUUAUCCCUUCCUCCUUACUGUCCCGACUGAUGUGCCUUUUCGUCUUGGAGGGCGCUUUGUUAAUAACUGGGCAGUGAGUGAUGACGGCCCUUUCACGCCAGAGGAACAGCAACUCCAAUACAUGACUUUUUUGACUCAUCACGACGGAGAAUCCUUGUUAGCCGCUGUGGGCGAUUGGUCUGACAGUGCAGGAAACGUCAUGUCCGAUCAGCAAUCCGGGCCUCAGAGUGCAGCUAGCACACCAUCUUAUAGUUCACUGAAGAAGAAGAUAAGCCUAAAAGAUUACAAAAACAGGAGAAAGUCAGGCGCCCCCUCUGGUUCCCCUGUCAGUCGAGAAGCCCCUUCCCAAUCAUCGACUGCCCAAACGCUCAAUGGAAGCCAAUCAACCAACAAAGCUAGCAACGUGCAAUCCUCAUCUGGUGACAAGAACAUGGAUCGCAAACGUCCGCUUGAAACCGAUAAUGAGCCAAUGAAAUCAACUGGGAAGGGCCAUGUCUCUUUUAAAAAAACCAGAUUGUCUACUGAUUCUACAGUAGAAUACACCAAAGUGGGACGACUGCGGGGCAAUGGACUUCCUGCUCUCUUAUCACCGACUCUGCCCCCAGUUUCAAGCAGCCCGAGACUGCCUCGACUUCUAUCUCCAACACUUCCACCGGAUUUGGAGAAAGAGUUGUCGAUGCAAAAUGUGGAUUCUGUCUCCUUAGACUCCUUACAACACCCAGAUGUGUCAAAUAUCGAUGCUUCAAAUUUGCAAAAAGCCAAAACUGCUUAUCAACCUUCGGACGUUGGUUCAUCUAGAACUACGACUACAAAAGUCGGCUCUCAACACCUACCCAAGGAAGCUGUAAUGAACUCAGUGGAUACACGAACGAGUUACCACUCAAGUCAUGCCAGAACAAGGUUCAUCGUCAGAUUGAGGUAUGGCAGAGCGAACAGGAAGCGGGUUGAAGCCCUUCUAAAGUUCUCCGGUAAGCGGAAGAUAGGUACAUCAAGCUCACCCGUAAAAAAUGUUGAUAUUCCUCACGCUACAACAUCUGGACAAUCUGUAGCGAAGGCUACAGCAUCCGAGCGUGCAGAAAACGGCAACAAGUUAUCUCGCAACGAUUAUAAAGCCAAAAAUGACACUGCAAAUAUGUCUUCGAAAGAAUGCACGAAAGAGUCCAAACCCCCUAACAUUAUCGAUCAGCCCCAGUCCCCCAAAAUUCCGAGCCCGCAUACCAAACAGCUCCUGCAGGAUAGGUCAAAACAGAUGCAGUCAACGCCGAGCAAAAGUGUGAACUGUUCUGGUCAAUAUGAAGUGUCUGGAGAUACUAGCGAGAGAAUGCCCCCCCAGUCCGGUAUGAAACAUACAGCAGAGUGGCCGACACCUACCAAACCACCAUCUCCUCAAACAAGCAGCGCUGCAUCUCGGCAAUGUGAGCGUCGGGCGUGGAAGGAGGAAUACCAGAAAUAUGGGAACCUUGGCCGAGAACUGAAGCAUGCCGCGGAACGCCAUACAGCUAAAGAUAAUUCGACUGUUGUCGAUGAAAAACUCGCGGUUGCCACGGCUGUAGAAGCUAUAAUAUGCUUCAUCCUGGCUUUUGUCGCAGAUGACCACUUCAAGGCUCUAACUCGCCAAGUUGCCGAUUCUUCUUCAUGGCUGUCCAUUCUUGCCUAUUGGCGCGUGGUGAAGAAAAAUAGUGCACCCUAUCCCCGAUUGCACAGCCUAUGUCUCAUGCUUGGGGCUGUCUCGUAUGAUGCAAUCCAUGCACUUGAUUUAGAAAGGCUUGCAGUUACAGCUGUACCGGAAGAACAUACUGCUAUUUCUACAUCGGGCAGCGACGGGACAUCGGUUUCACUGGACGAAUAUAGAAAAGUCCGAAGAGAAUUCAACGAGCUGAAGCAUCGACUUCCUGAGUGUUACCGAGAGUCUCAGAAGCUAUGGCUGGAGGGCUCACGCGGUCUUUCUGAGAAUGUCCUUGCUAGUGAAUUUCCUGCCACAUGGUCCAAUCGGUCAAAGAAUUUCUCGGAGCAGGGGAAGCCACUUUCAAAAGCUGGUGACUUAUCCAACGAGUACUUUCUUCCGUUGAGAAAAACCAGUACACCUUCGGAGAUUAUUAAAUUCAGUUGCGCAAUCCUGAAAGAGUGGUGCACGAAGGAAGGGAUUGGGUGGAGGAGUAGACUUGACGUUUAG